GAUGCCAUCUCCACGGUCGCCUGCUCGGAGAAAUCCACAGGAAAAAUCUUUGUUUACGACGGACGGGGAAGCAACCAGCCCCUCCACGUCUUUGACAAGAUGCACUCGUCGCCGCUCUCCCAAAUCCGCCUGAAUCCCAAAUUCAGAGUCAUCGUCUCUGCUGACAAAGCGGGAAUGCUGGAAUACUGGACCGGCCUCCCACAUGAAUUCAAGUUCCCGAAGCACGUGCAUUGGGAAUACAAAACAGACACAGACUUGUAUGAAUUUGCGAAACACAAAACGUAUCCCACCAGCCUCGCGUUUUCUCCCGAUGGGAAGAAAAUGGCCACCAUCGCUACUGACAGGAAAGUCCGGAUCUUCCGCUUCCUGACAGGAAAACUGAUGCGAGUGUUCGAUGAAUCAUUAACCAUGUUCACAGAGUUGCAGCAAAUGAGGCAGCAGCUGCCUGACAUGGAGUUUGGGAGGCGGAUGGCGGUGGAGAGAGAGCUGGAGAAGGUGGACGGCAUCCGACUGACGAAUAUCAUCUUUGACGAGACCGGACACUUUGUGCUCUACGGCACCAUGCUGGGCAUCAAGGUCAUCAAUGUGGAGACCAACAGGUGCGUUCAUAUCUUUUUUUUAUG